AGAGCUGUUGGCAUUCCUGAACAGAAAGAAACCACACGUGGACGAAGCAGGCGCGCCAACGCGCCAGCGGUUGGCGAGGCCGUCCGGACGUGGAUUACGGCUGCCAAUGAGCGAGGCCGAUUCGGUGCCUCCGGAGGUCUUCCAAUUGAUUGCUGCCGGGCGCUUCUCGGAGCUCCGCGCCGCGUGCGAGGAGUUAGAGCUGUCGCCUAGCUUUAACGAACCCACCGCAGAGCAGGUGGACCAAGAUGGUCUUCGUUGCGCCGCGCAUCUCCUCACCUACCUCUUAGAAGGCCAGCUGGAUGCAGCAAGAUUUCUUUGGAAAAGGACAGCUUUGCCUUUGCAACAGCAUGCACAAGCACAAGCGGCCCAUCGGGUCCUUCAGGCCCGCUGGCGGAGGCAGUACGCAGAGAGCUUUGCGCAACUCACAGCUGGCUUGUGGGAUGCUCGUUUGCAGCCCUUGGUGGCAGAGGUGAUUCGACGGAGUCGAGAAGAGCUGAUGGAAAAGGUCGCCAUGGCCUACAAGGUGGUCUCCUUGUCGCAUUUGUCGCAGCUCUUGGGUCUGGAUGCCAGCAAUGCCAAAGCCGCCUGUGAGAGUCGACACUGGGCUGUGGACGGAGAUGGCAAUGUCUCGCCCGUGCCACCCAAGUCAGGAGAUGACUUGAUCCAGAUGGGUGAGGCCCAGCUGCAACGGCUUUCCGAAUACGUGGCGCAACUGGAGCAGUGCAAGAGCUGAGGGCGCCAGAGGGAACAA